UUGAUCGAAACGGCUGCGAAGAGAUAGACAUUCAGUAGCAAAUAGAAUCUUGCGAGACGAAGAGAGUAGUGAUCUGGGGUUUUCUCUCGUUGACCCAAUCGGCUUCAUUUUCUUCGAGGGAUUUGCUUAGAUUGUUACGUAGAUGGCGGAUUCGUGCUUAAAAGGUGGUAAAUUCAGUGCACCAGGGUUUCGAUUUCAUCCGACUGAUGAGGAGCUGGUCAUGUAUUAUCUCAAGAGGAAGAUCUGUAAGAGAAAGCUCAGAGUCAACGCCAUCGGCGUCGUUGAUGUUUACAAGUUGGAUCCCGAAGAAUUGCCUGGUCAAUCGGUGUUGAAGACGGGAGAUCGACAGUGGUUCUACUUCACUCCAAGGAGCAGGAAGUAUCCAAACGCAGCUAGGUCUGGUAGGUGCACUGCAACUGGGUAUUGGAAAGCUACUGGAAAGGUUCGAGUCAUAUCCUACAACUCUAGAUCAGUAGGACUCAAAAAGACCCUUGUUUUCUAUAGAGGCCGUACUCCUAACGGUCAGCGAACUGAUUGGGUGAUGCAUGAGUACACCAUGGAUGAAGAUGAACUCGGGAGAUGUAAGAACGCCAAGGAAUACUAUGCACUUUAUAAGCUGUUCAAGAAAAGUGGGGCUGGUCCCAAAAACGGUGAGGAGUAUGGUGCUCCUUUCCAAGAAGAAGAAUGGGCUGAUGAUGAUAUUGAUGUACCUGUGGUUCGUUAUGAGGAUAAUGUUAGCCUUUUCGACCCUGUAAAUGUUCAGUUAGAUGAUCUCGAGGAGAUUCUCAGUGGAAUCCCAUAUGCACCUGGGGUUCCUCAAACAUUUACUAGUAUUCCCCAGGUUAACAGAGAAGAAGAGCUGCAGAGCACUUUGGUGAAUAAUUCUGCUAGAGACUUCCUUAAACCUCAGGAAACUGGAGACUUCUUGCCAAACGACAUGCCCUCGAGUUAUGAGUCUAUUGACGUCACGUCAGCUCCCAAUAACUCUGUUUUGGUGUUUGAGAAGGAUUACAUUGAAAUGGAUGACCUUCUGACCCCUGAACACGGAGCUUCUUCAGCUGAGAACCCUGCACAGCUCUUGAACCCUGGUGAAUAUGGAGACUUUAAUGACUUUGACCAAUUGUUCCAUGACGUUUCCAUGUCUUUGGAUAUGGAACCUAUUCUUCAGGGAACUUCUGCAGAUCCGUUGAGUAAUUUUGCCGACAACACAUCCGACCAGGAACAUCCAUUCCCUUAUCAACUGUUCCAGGACCAGACCAUUGAGAACAAGCUAAACAACAUCAUGGAUCCUAGUCCAAAUCUCAAUCAGUUCAGUGAUGACCUGUGGCUUGAAGAUGAUAAUCAGGCUUUCCUCUUUGAUCAACCGCAGUCUGUUAUUUCUGGAGCAUUUGCUUCACCUUCAUCAGGUGUGGAGCCCGGUUCCACAAAUCUUGUAAAUGCCCAAGACCAAGAAGGUGUAAAUGGUGGUGGUGGAACGAGCCCAUUCUCAUCGGCUCUGUGGGCAUUCAUGGAUUCAAUACCUUCAACGCCAGCCUCUGCGUGUGAGGGUCCUAUUAACCGGACCUUUGUGCGUAUGUCUAGCUUUACCCGUAUCAAGUUCAGUGGAAUAGCAAAUGGAACGCCAGUGACUACUGCCGUAAUGACAAAGAAACGUAGCAGAAACAGAUGGUUUUUACUCUUAUCAACUGUGGGUGCCUUGUGUGCCAUCUUCUGGGUGUUAAUGGCCACUGUUCAAGCCUCGGGGAGGCCCGUCUUCUCGUGAAAGGUGGUUUCUUAAACCAGAUUCUUAGUUACAUGUGAGCUAGAAGAAACCAUGAUCCACAUCAGUGGUCAUUGGAAUAUUGACCUAUUCUAAUAUAUACGAGUCUUUGAAUAUGUACAGAGUUUGAAAGAGUAAAGAGUGUUAAUUCUUGAUUAGAAGAGUUUCAUUU